GACAGAUGGGGCUCAGAAAAGGCAACCACUACUACUGGGCCACCCGCCCAUAUAUAAAUCUAACAUCUAGAACUAUCACGGCAAAGGGACGAUGACCACCACCACCACGACUAACACUUACCCGUCACCACCAUUUCCCACCCUCUUCAGCCUCGGGCCGCAGUGUCAAUUCAGCUGAACUUUUCCCAUCGACAAUAUACCCUAUUGUAAAAGGGAGGGAAAGGCAGGGGGUGGCGUUCUCGAUUUUAUCGACCCCGUUUCCACGCUAUUGCCAUCCUCUCCCGCCAACCGACCCCACCUGGCGACUCCUGUAUCCGUUCCCUCGAGUCGCUGUCCCUUCGCCUCUUGGUCUUAUACUCCCUCUACUCAAAGGCGACUUCCCCUCGUGGUCGUCUUGUUGUUUUCAUCCGUCUUCACAUAUGUCUGGGUCGCACUCCUCCCGCUUUCUAGCUCCAGCUCCUGGUCAGCCCCCGAAUGCUAGGGUUCCGGACAAUGUAGUUCAGUGUCGCAAGCACAAGACCGCCGCCUGCAAGGCAUGUAAGCAGAAGAAGCUCAAGGUGGGAUUCUUUUACUAAGCCCGUCGUUACUGUGCAGAGGUGAUCCACCAUGUCAAUACUGUGUGGCAAACAGUAUCCCAUGUCUGGUCGACGAGAUGGCUGACAUGCGCCGUAAAUAUACCAUGAAGCACAAGCUAGAGCAUCUAGAACAAGCUGAAGAGACUCUGUUAUAGUUGAUUGAUGCUCUGCGGAAGAAUGAGGAUAAAUGCCUGGGACAGCUCCUGAAUCUUAUCCAGAGUAAUAUCUUCUUUGAGGAACUCUAAAUAUUUCUGGAGUAUUAAUUUAUCGG